ACUAACGGCCGCUUUUACUGAGCUCCUAGGAAGGAGUCAGGCCCUGAGCGAGGGACUGCCCAGGCAUCUGUGCAUUCAUUUGACACACAGGAGCCCAGUACCUACAAGGACCAAGCACUGUUUCAGGUGCUGGUGAAACAGCAGUGAGUGAAACCCACAAAAAUCCUUGCCCUCGUGGAGCUUUCUAUGUUGUGCAUUGACCUGUGGUGUGAUGAUCGUCCCCCUCUCAAAGCAGACAAAACCGAGGCUCAGAGAACUUGUGCUUGGUGCAAGGCCACGCAGCUGGGAAGUGCAUUAACCGAGAUUAAUAUCCAGUUGUCUAUAGCUUCAAAGUGUAGUUCUUUCCUCUUUGCCUCCUAGAAGGGAUGAGGGCGGAGGGCCCUGUGGGGAAAACAGCCAGAGCCUUUGAAUCGGAGGUUGCUAAUAUUCAGCGGAGUUUGUGGAAAUAUUAGCGGAUGCAUAAGCAGAUGGAAGUGACACAGAAGCAAAGGGAUACAGCAGGACACAAGAUACAGCGGCCACAAAAGUCAGAAAACCUGAAUCCACUCACUAGCCGCGCUACCGGGCCUGUCACACUGUCCGCGCUUUCAUUUCUUCAUCUGUCCAACGGAGACAACGCUGUUUGCUCUUGGCUGCUUUAUGGGAGACUCAGAGUCAAACAUAAACCCUAAAAAUGUUUUGUAAUGUGUUGACUGCUGUACAGCUGCUAUUAGCUAACUCUGGUCAUCCGUAAUGAGGGCAGCGGUGAAAGGUAAUGAAUUCUGCAAAAAACGAUCUCUUUCCAUUUCUCUCCAGGUUUCCGUUCCAAAGUUUGACAAGGUUCCUUGGUUUAGUGAAGCCAGCCUCAUAAAUAAGCCGUUAGUGCUCAGCCUCCCUAAAAGAUCUCCCCAUGCCUCUGCCACUUUUCUGAUUUCAUCCAAGAAGGAUAUGCACUUGCCAAUUUUGUUUCCUGUUCCAGAGGACUCAUCUAAGGCCAGGAGGAACCAACGUAACCUCCUGCUGAUCAGAAACAAGCAGCUGUGCUCCACAUGUCGAGAAAUGAAAAUGGUACAACCAAGAACUAUGAUGAUCCCAGGUGACGAGAAACUAUCCUUCAAGAAUUUUAUGAGUCCUAGAAUGAUGAGUCUUCAGCCACCAAAAGCUCAGACCGCACCCACGGGUCCUCAUGAUGACAUCCCAACAGAGAGCGUUCGCUACCGACUGCCCAUUUUGGGCCCCAGGACAGCUGUCUUCCACAAACUGUUGUCAGACACCUACAGAACUCUGCAGGGGACACAGCUCUCUUCCUUACCCAGAAAGGAGCCAGCGGGCAAGACAGGGAGGCAGUGAGUGACCAGAGCACAACACUUGGCAGACUCACAGAGAGAAAACCAUCUCAUCGAGCCACUUUCUGACACUCGUGCGUUCUCGUGAUUUCUUCCCAUCACCAAAAAGAUGACCGAAUUCUGCCUUCCUAAGAGUGGCUAAUAUGCUGGCUCUUGCCACCAUCUUCUCCCUCACUUCUCCUACAGACAAACGGUUUAAUUUACACGAUUAUAAAGAGGGGCUGAGUAAAAUGGAACAUUUUGAGUGUCAUUCAUUUUAUUUUGUUAAAGAGUCUUAAUUGUGUUAUAAUAGACAACAUCCUUCGGUUUCUAAGACACAGAUUUUCUGUGAAAAUUAUUUCAGCUCUUCCUUCCAGGGUAGGGGGCUGAAGAUGGCUCCUGAAGGUCCCUCAUGGAUUCAACCUGUUAAGAAUAAAGGAGAUAAAUGAAGGUCACCCUUCUGUCCUUACCUCUGUCAGUUAACUCUGAUGGGUGACAGGGACACUGUGAUGCCGUAAGUGGGGAAUGGGACGUGAUUAGUUGUCACCCUUGAGAUGUUCAGUGAAAUCCAAACCAAACGCCUGGGUUUGAUAGUUUGGUUACUUAGGUUUCACAGGAUGUAUAUCUCCAGUCCCAUGUAUAUCUCUAGUUCUGUCCUGGUCCAUGUGUCAGCAGUGUGAGAGAGACAAAGGAAAUCUCUAGGCUUCCAAAUAGUUUAUUUAUGGGCACAGAGGCUCCACGUCCAGCUUCAGGAGGGCUCAUAUAGAAAGUUUCCUUCUGU